AUGCAUCUUCUGUCUUUACUCCUCUGCCCUGUUCUGUUCGCGGUGCAGCACUUUGCAGCUCCUGCUUCUUAUGUCCCUAAUGAUCCAAGCACAUCGUUCGGUGCAUCCGGCGUUGACGCGACCUACGACUACAUAAUCGUCGGAGGAGGAACGGCUGGCUUAGCUGUCGCAUCUCGGCUGGCCGAGAAUCCCAACAUCACCGUCGCAGUUAUCGAAGCUGGCGGGUUCUAUGAAGCUGACGAUGGCAACAUCAGCGUUGUGCCCGGAUAUUGCACCGUGUAUGCGGGAACAGCGCCUAACGACACAGAUCCCCUUGUGGACUGGGGCUUCGUUACCACGCCACAAUCUGGUGCGAAUAAUCGAAGCCUGCACUACGCGCGUGGCAAAACACUGGGAGGAUCCUCUGCUCGGAAUUUCAUGUACUACCACAGGCAGACACUGGGGUCCUCGGAGAAGUGGGCAAAAGAGACUGGCGACAGCAGCUACACCUUCCCCAACCUCCUACCCUUCUACGAAAAGAGUGUAAAUUUUACCGCCCGCUCGGUUGCAUAUCCCAACAGCUCCAACGUCCAAGAUCCGUCAGUGUUCAGCCCGACCGGUGGUCCAUUGCAGGUCUCCUUCGGCGACUAUGAUGACCCUUGGGGAACAUGGGCGCAAGUGGGACUUCAAGCGGUGGGGCAGGCGCCGAUUGAUGGCUUUCAAAGUGGAAAAUUGAUAGGCUCUGCCUACGUUCCUUCCACUAUUGACCCUACAACGGCGACAAGAUCAUCUUCCGAGGCCAGUUUCUUGCAAUCUGCGCUGAAAAACACGACUCUCAAGGUCUACAACAACACCCUCGCACAAAAGAUCCUCUUCGACAAAACAACGGCCACAGGUGUCCUCGUCGCCCCAGAAGGUGUUUCGGGGGUUAAUGGCAGCUCGUACACACUGAGCGCCCGAAAUGAAGUCAUCAUCUCAGCAGGUGUCUUCCAGUCUCCGCAACUCCUCAUGGUCUCGGGCAUUGGGCCGCAAAAGACACUCAAAAGCUUGGGAAUACCUAUAGUCAAGUCUCUCGCAGGCGUCGGUCAAAAUCUCUGGGACCACAUCUUCUGGGGCACGUCUUACCCCGUGAAUUUAGUCACCAACUCCGCGGGUCUCAACAGCCCUGCCGCCGCCGCUGCCGGCAUUGAAGCCUAUCAAACCAUGCAGGCUGGUCCUCUCACCAUUGGUGGCAUUGAGGUGCUGGGAUGGGAGAAACUACCUGAGCAAUAUCGGAGCCAGCUUUCCCGCGCUACUCAGAAAGCUCUCAACGACACUUUCCCAGCUGACUGGCCGGAUCUCGAAUUCCUCCCUGCCAGCGGUGUGUUGGGAUAUCAGAGGAACUAUGCGACCGAGGACCCAGAAGAUGGGUAUAACUACGCUACGGUGGCGACGGCGCUCGUUUCGCCCCUGAGCAGGGGCAACGUCACAAUCAAUAGCACCAGCAUGGCCGAUCCCCCCCUGAUCAACCCGAAUUAUCUCAGCCAUCCCGGCGAUGUCGAGGUGGCCAUUGCAGCAUUCAAGCGCCAGAGGCAGGUUUGGGCCAAUGUUAGUAAAAUCACUGUUGGGCCGGAGAAGAUCCCUGGCAUGUCUGUGCAGACCGAUGCUGAGAUAUUGGAGUUCAUCAAAGAAGCAUUGGCGCCGGUAUGGCAUGCGGCUGCGACAUGCAAGAUGGGCCCUCAGAGCGACUCAAAGGCCGUUGUGGGACAUGACAUGAAGGUGCAUGGGAUUCAGAGGUUGAGAGUGGUGGAUGCAAGCAGUUUUCCCUUCUUGCCGCCGGGGCAUCCGCAGGCUACAAUCUACGCCGUCGCGGAGAAGCUGGCGAGUGAAAUUUUGGCUGCGUUGGCCAAGAAGGCGAAAAGGUCUGAAAGCAUGGUUGAGACAGUGUAA